GCAGAACUCCAGGCCCCGCCCCUUUCAUGUCCUCGGCCCCGCCCCACCCAAGGCCCCGCCUUCACCACGCCCUCGACCCCGCCCCUCUCCCGCGAGCGGCUCAUCGUAGGCCUCGCCCUGGCCACGCCCCCUGCGCCAACCGCCAACGGUCGCAGGCGCCUGAGGCCCGGGGGCUUCCCGCUCCCCGCGCGCCUCGUCGCAGGCCACGCCCCCGGACACGCCCCCCAUCUCAACCGCCAACGGCCGCAGGCCCUUGAGGCCCGGCUAACCUUCUUGAAGCGUCGGGAGCUCCAUUUUGCUGCCAGGUGGGACUUCAGGCUUUGCUCCCUGCUGGUUGAAAUCAAGGAAGCAGGUGGUACUAUUACAAGCAGCAAUCCAGAGGAAGCGACUUUCCAGAAUGCUCUCACUCAGGAUUCCUGUUGCAAGUUCCCAUCGUCCCAAGAACCAGAGGACACCUCCAGCUGUUCUCUUAAGAAGGAGUCCAACCCAAUGGUGAUUUGUCAGUUGAAAGGGGGUACACAAAUGCUGUGUAUAGAUAAUUCUGGGACAAGAGAACUCAAAGCACUUCAUUUGGUUCCUCAGUAUCAAGACCAAAAUAAUUAUCUACAGUCAGAUGUCCCUAAACCAAUGACUGCUUUAGUGGGAAGAUUUUUGCCAGUACCUGCAAAAUUAAAUCUGAUUACACAACAAUUUGAUAAUGGAGCCUUACCAUCGGUAGUCAACGGGUCUGCCUUCCCGUCAGGAUCAACUCUGCCAGGACCAUCAAAAAUAACUUUGGCUGGGUACUGUGACUGCUUUGCCAGUGGGGACUUUUGUAGCAACUGCAAUUGCAAUAAUUGUUGCAACAACUUGCGUCACGAGAUCGAACGGUUUAAAGCCAUCAAGGCGUGUCUUGACAGAAACCCAGAAGCUUUCCAACCAAAAAUUGGCAAGGGAAAGCUGGGAGAUGUGAAGCCUCGACACAACAAAGGUUGUAAUUGCAAACGCUCCGGCUGCCUGAAGAAUUACUGUGAGUGCUUUGAGGCCAAAAUUAUGUGUUCUUCUAUUUGCAAAUGCAUUGGCUGCAAAAAUUAUGAAGAAAGCCCAGAACGGAAGAUACAAAUGAACAUGCUGAGCUCCGUGGAGACGGGAGGUUUCGAAGGCAGCCAUCCCUCGCCACCAGCUGAAUUCUCAGGACUUGCGAAAUUCAGAAAGGAUAGGCGGCCUACCUCGUGCAUCUCCUGGGAGGUGGUGGAGGCCACGUGCGCCUGCCUGCUCGCGCAGGGCGAGGAGGCCGAGAAGGAGCACUGUUCCCAGUGCCUGGCAGAGCAGAUCAUCCUGGAGGAGUUCGGAAGGUGCUUGUCGCAGAUUCUCCACAUUGAGUUUAAAUCCAAGGGGCUGAAAAUUGAGUAGAGGGCCCGGCCAGGAAACGUGAAUACGUGUUCCUGCGAGGAAACCUCUGGUUCAGACAGGCGGUGGGGGAAGUGCAUGGCCAGGUGGUCAGUGACAAGCAGGGGCAUCUAGACACGCUCUCCCUGCACCUGGGGCCUGAAUGGUGAUCAGAACUCCCUGUUUUGGGAGGAAGUAUGUGACGUGCAAGCGUUGCUCGCCUGGCCCAGAGGGGAGCGCGUGGGAUCCCGCAGUCCUGGGAGAACUGCCUGCCCCGACUCCAGCGAUGGAGGGUGAGAGCAGGCCCCGGGGGCCCAGUCCUCUUGCCGCCUCCCCUUGGGAAAAUAGUCCUGGAAAACCCUAGUGGUUUCUCGUUCGUUUUUCACAUUAUUUAGAAAGAAGCCAUCCAGGAGGGCUGUUGUGGUCCUUCUUAAAACCUCUAGAGAACCGCUGAACUCCCGAAGAAUUCCUGUAUCGUAGACAUUUCCCCAGAGUCACACACACGAUUAGUCCUUUGUUAAGGCCGCCGUGACACAGACAAUAUGGUCACCCAGCCCAGGCUUGCACCCAUAGUGUUUUCAGUUACAGGACUUAAAAUUACCUAGUUUCUUAAUGUUGUUUCUAUUUGAAUUGUGAAAAAGCUCUAUUAUCCAGUUGACUUCUCCAUAAUUAUUGUUUCGUUGUUAUUACUGUUUGUAAAGUGUGGUUAAAAUAACCAGCUUGCAGACGCCAGCAGGAAAGAUUACUUACUAAGUUGAUGCCUUUGGUGUGUUGUCAAAGCAAAUAUAAAUAAAAGUCCCCAGUGCCCUUG